AUGGUAUCUGAAUCCGGUGUUGUCGAAUGUUGGAAAAAACUUCUUGACGCAAGAAUAAUGUUCCUGAUACCGCAAGAUAUGGAAGAAGCUGAAUUAAAUGAUCUGGAAUCUUACUCUACGAUUGAAAAUAAUCAUGUCUGCCUAAACAAGGGUGUGAUUACUGAUUCAUAUGGAAUGCUAUGCUUACCGGAUGGUGUGUUCUUUCUGGGAGAUAAGGUUAAUGGAUCAAAGCUUCUUAUACGGAACUGUUAUUUGCAGUUACUUGAUUUAAUUGAGGUGAAUAGGAAGCAAGGUGGUCCUGCCAGAAGAGGUUGCGCGAUUACUGGUACACCUGGUAUCGGAAAAACAUACUUUGGUCUAUAUCUCAUUUUUUACAUUCGUUAUAAUUACCCUAAGGCCGUAAUAGUCUGGCAAUAUAACGAAAAAAUUUGUUAUCAAUUCUCACCGGACGGUGCAAAAGGGGGAUAUUUACCGGUUCGACAUUACGCUGAAUAA